AUGAUGAUGCGGAAUAUAGCUGCUUCUUCUUCUUCUUAUUGCACCAGCAGGAGAUGGAGAGGUAUGCCUUGUCCUCACUCUAACUGCGCUGUUGUUAUUUUCGCCAACGAUUACUUUGCUUUCCUUCACUCUCAACCUUCUAAACAAAUCAAAUCUACAAGAACCCAACUAGAGCAGCCAGUGAGAAACUCACCCAAAAUCACAACUGUUCAGGAUGCUUUCAAUGUGUUUGAUAGAAUGCUUCAGAUGCGACCUCCGCCUUCAGUUGUUUGUUUCACUCAAAUAUUGGGUCAAGUUGCGAAAUUGAAACAUUAUUCGGCCGUAAUUUCAUUGUAUAACCAAAUGGAUAUGUCGGGAAUUGGACCUGAUAAUAGAGUGGCGGAGGCGGCAGGAAUUUUCAACAAAAUGAUUGCUGGAGGUAAUUAUCAGCCUAAUGUGGUUACUUAUGGCACAAUAAUAAGGGGCUUUUGCAUGAAAGAUAACAACAGUGCAGCUAUUCAAUUGCUUAGGAAGAUGGAGGAAGGGCCUUGCAAGCCUAACCUAGUUGGUAUUGCGCCAAAUGUCAUUACCUAUACAUCCUUGAUUCAUGGAGUUUGCAAAUUAGGCAAGUGGAAAGAAGCUACAAGGUUGUUGAAUGAAAUGGUGAGUAAAAAUAUCUUUCCAGAUGUGUUCACGUUCAGCGUCUUGGUAGACACACUUUGUAAGGAGGGAAUGGUCGUGGAAGCAGAAGGCGUGGUUGAGAUGCUGAUUCAAAGAGAUAUUGAUCCUAAUACAGUUACGUACACUUCACUCAUGGAUGGUUACUGUUUGCGAGGAGAAAUAGGCAAGGCACAAAAUGGACUGGUUGCAAAUACCAUUACUUAUAACACUCUUGCGGACGGUUUUUGCAAAGUGGGUAUAAUAGAUGAUGCACAAAAGUUGUUCUCCGAGAUGCAAGCUUGUGGCCAGCUUCCAAAUGUUCAAACUUAUUCUAUUUUACUGGAUGGCCCGUGUAAAAACCAACAACUUUCUAGGGCAAUGCAAUUGUUUGGAGAGAUGGAAGCGAAGAAGUUGGAUAUUGAUAUUGUGAUUUACAGUAUUCUUAUUGAAGGUUUGUGCAUAACUGGAAAAAUUGAAUCUGCAAGGGAUCUCUUUUGUGGUUUAUCAUCAAAAGGACUUCAACCUGAUGUGAGGACAUACACUAUAAUGAUUAAUGGACUCUGUAUCACGGGCCUUACAAGUGAAGCAGAAAAGUUUCUUAUCCAAAUGGAAGAGAGAGGCUGUUCUCCAGAUGAUUGCACCUAUAACACAAUUGUCCGAGGGUUCAUCCAUAAUAAACAGACAUCAAGGGCGAUGGUACUUAUUCAAACAAUGGUAGAGAAGGGUUUUUCUGCAGAUGCAUCAACAACAGAGUUGAUAGUUAAUUUACUGUCGAAAGAUGAAGUGGAUCCUGCUUUGUUGCCGUUGAUAAAAGGAUCACUGUGA